UCACCGCCAUUGUAAGGACGGUGACAUACGCCUAUAAAUAGGCAUGUAGUAUGUCAAUUGAGAAUUAAGCCAGAAAGCUUCAAGAUCAUUAAGUGCUUACUCUGUUUUUCCCUUUCACUCCCAAGCUACACGGCUCCUUCCUAUUUCAACUUUUGCUCUAAUAUAACAACCUUUUUCCAAAACCAUCCUAUUAACUAUAUUCAAAUACUAAUAGUGGUACCAGAGCUACGUUCGAUCAUACAUUGGGCGUAGUUAUAUUACCUCCCUACUAUUUCAAAACUAUCCCACCUACUAUUAAAAAUUUCUCUUGCACUUAUAACCCACUUCCAUAAUUUUUCUAAGCUAUGGCUAACGCCUCCCAACCUUCAUCUAUCACUGUCCCUAUUUUCAAUGGGGAAAACUAUGAUUAUUGGAGUGCAAAAAUGAAGACAUAUUUUUGCUUCCAAGAUUGUUGGGAUGUCGUGGAAGAAGGAUAUACUACUCCUGCAGAUACUUCAGCUCUCACUGCAGCACAAAAGAAAGAGCUGAAGGAGAAUAAGCUCAAAGAUUCAAAGGCGCUAUUCACUUUGCAACAGGCAGUGACCGACGCAAUUUUUCCAAGAAUAUUGGGUUCUAAAAGUGCAAAAGAGGCUUGGGAUACGUUAAAGGAGGAGUUCCAAGGUAGCGACAAGGUUAACCCAGUCAACCAAUAUGCAAUCCGGAACGGAUGGACAUCAAAUGGAUCAGCCCUAACACCAGCCACGGUGGGACCAUUUCGGCCCGCGUGCCUCUUACACCACACAAAGGUAGUCAGAUCAGCAGUAAACCCGUAGGUCUGCCAUUUCGGUCUGCUACUAAGAGUCACCUAGCAGCGCUCUUACGCCGAAAUCCUGGUCUUAUAACCAAUUUUGGAAUCCGCCGUGGUCCGGUAUCUCGCCGUGUUUAAACCACUUAAUGAGUGCAUGCAAUGCAGUGAUUAGCCAAACAACGUCUCCGACCUCACUCGACACGUCUCCACGUGUUCUAGCUAAAUUAAUGUCUCUAAAAGCUUACCCUAAGGUAAAGUCGAUUCUGCGACAAAAUACAAUAAUCAUAAAAUGAGUGCAACCACUCACGAUGACUCUUCGGGUCAUCAAUGCUCUCACGAAGUCUCACGCUUCAGUGAAGUUUCAUGCUCUCACAAGGUCUCACGCCUCAGUGGAGUUCCAUGCUUUCCACAAGGUCUCACGCCUCAGUGAAGCUUCAUGCUGUUCACGAGGUCUCACGCCUCAGUGAAGAUCCAUGCUUUCCACAAGGUCUCACGCCUCAGUGGAGUAUCACGCAUUCACAAGGUCUCACGCCUCAGUGAAGCUUCUCGGCUCAUCCUUUGGAUGGCUAACAAACUGCUCAACGAGCGAAGGAGUACCAACAUACUCAGAACUUACCAAACUCCUCAACACUUGGAUCCGACGACACUUCUCCUUUUCCAAAAACUAAGGUUUGCAUCCGAAGCUUCCUUUCGAGUUUAUUAUCUUUAUUUAAAGAUUUAGAGGUUGUUUAAUGUCUUAUGAGUUUUCUUUUCAAAAUAAUAUCCUUUUUAGUCUUAUCGAAAUUCCUAUAAGUUCUCGGGAUCUCCUAAUCCCCAAAUGACUCCAGAGAAUGUCUCGAUCCAUACACAUCAUAACAAGGCCCGAAUCUCAUUCGUCCUAUCAAACUUUCUCAAAACUCUCAAAUAAAAAUCGGCAUGACCUGCCCGCUAUUCUCACGAUUCAGAAUUUCAGAUUAUAGUGCAAAAGCAGAAUUAACUUAUCAUAAUCAAUCAACAUGUCAUAGGUCAAUAUCUUAAGCAAUAACCACAUAGCACUUAGCAUAUAAGGCAUGCACCACACAUCCUAAAUUACCCAAUUAGCACUUAGCAUGUAAGACAAUCUCAAAAACAUUCAGUAGAUGAAUCAUCUACAUUGUCAGCCGAAGCCUCAGAAAACAUUUUCCAAUCACACACAAUUCCAGUGCAUAAACAGUAAACAAUGUCGAAACAUCGACCCUAAGCAUUAACUAGAGAUUCAGUGAGAAGCCCUCACCUGAAGGUUCUCCAGAAUGAUCAACUAGUGCUUCCUCGCUCUCAAAGUGUUGGUCCUCGGGGAAAUCCUCAAAAGCACCUUUACAAUAAAAUCACAGAAUACUAUUAGAAUCUAUCGGAAA